UCUCUCUUCAGCUGUCUCAGUCGCGUUCAGUCAUGCCAAAAACUAGCAAAGAUUCUUCUGUCAAGGCCAUGUCCAAGGCCUCCAGGACCAAAACUGCUAAAGAAGGCAAGGCACCACGCGAGCCUUCCAAAUAUCAACAGUUUAUGUCGGUCCAAUUGAAGCUUUGGAAGGAGCAGAAUCCUGAUAGGUCUGCGAGGGAUGCCAUGAAGGAGGUUGCUGUGCUGUGGAGAGACUCCCCCGAGAAUCCCAACCGAGGCAAAGCACCGAAGCCAAAGAAGAAAAAGGCUGCCAACUCUGGCUCAUCAUCCGAGCCGUUCUCGUCGUCACAACCGCGCUCAUCAGACAAGGAGGGCGCCCCCAGCCGCGACCUUUGAUUUCUGUUCUCUUUUGCAUAAGUCUCUCUGCUUCUGGUCUCUUCUGCACGUCUUGUUUCUUGCAUGCUCCUGAUAUUGCUUUUGUCCUGGAUUGUCGUCUGCCGUGUUGGACUUCGUAGCCCUUUUUUGUCGUCGUGUCUGUUCGUACCUGUGGUUGGAGGUCUCACGACUGUUGUCUGCUUGUGUGGUUAAAUUACUGUAUCAGCAAUGCUAGAAACUGAACCUG